AUGUCAGACUCUAACGAAGUAAUUCCUGGAUUAAUGCAGAAAAAAGUAUUCAAAAUUAUAGUAUUAGGUGACUCGGGGGUGGGAAAAACAUGCCUCACUUAUCGUUUUUGUGAAGGACAGUUCCUUGAUAAGUCAGAAGCAACGAUAGGUGUAGAUUUUAGAGAAAGGACGAUACGCAUACGUAAUGAAGAAAUUAAGCUUCAACUGUGGGAUACAGCAGGACAAGAAAGAUUCCGCAAAUCCAUGGUGCAGCACUACUACAGGAAUGUCCAUGCCGUUGUUAUUGUGUAUGAUGUCACUAAACCAGAAACAUUUCAUUCCAUAGCAAGCUGGAUGCAGGAAGUAGAGUCUCAUGGUCUGAUGGGGGCUCCUCGUGUACUAGUUGGAAAUAAAUGUGAUUGCGGCACUCCUGAGUCUCGUCUUGCAACUACUUAUGCACAAAGGCUUGCAGAUAAGUAUGGCAUGCCUUUAUUUGAAACCUCAGCUCUUCUAGACUCAGAGUGUAACAAUGUGGAGUCCAUUUUCAUGACUCUCGCACACAAGCUGUACUCCAAACAACCUCUGCGUGUUAUCAGUGUGGAGGGCGAACGCGGUCCCAGACUCGUCACGCUGCAGCGACAGAAGCGAAACACAAAUACCAAUAACGACACUUGCCUCUGCAGC